UUUUACUUGGGGAGAUGACAUCAAAUAAAAUCCAUUGGAGAACUGGAUUUAUGUAGCUGAUCCCAAGUAAUUAGGACAAGCUUGAGUUGUGUUCUGGCUCAACUCACCACCGUGCUGCAAUUUUUUAAAACAGUUGGAAUCAAUCAAGCCAAUAAAAAAGUAAAAACGCCCGUGUUUGGAGAUCAAUUACCCAUGAAGGCAAACCAUACUCUUUGGAUUACAAUCAAUGUGCACUCUUUCUUAAGUUAAGCAUGCAUCCAAAUUGUUUGAUCAUAUACCAAUAUUAUGCUGUGGUAGACUAGCAUGAUAAUCUUGUUUCUACUUCCCUUCCUCUUUACGUAUACAUGUUUCUGCACGUCUCCAAAAUGAUUUACUUGUUUUUUUCUUUGAUUCUUUUUUUUGUAACCCAUCUUUUCACUAGAUGGGAGAACUCAAGAAACUGGUUGAAGAGGGUAAAAUAAAGUACAUUGGUCUAUCUGAGGCCUCUCCUUCAACAAUCAGAAGAGCUCACGCAGUUCAUCCAAUUACAGCAAUACAAUUGGAAUGGUCUUUAUGGACAAGAGAUGUGGAGGAAGAAAUAGUUCCUACUUGCAGAGAACUUGGCAUUGGGAUCGUUGCAUACAGUCCUUUAGGGAGAGGAUUUUUAUCAUCAGGUCCCAAGCUUGUUGAGAAUUUUGCAAAUGAAGACUUUCGACAGCAUCUACCAAGGUUCCAGCCGGAGAAUAUGGAGCAUAACAAAAAGAUGUUUGAGCAAGUUAAUGAAAUAGCAGAGAAGAAGAGGUGCACCCCAGGGCAGCUAGCAUUGGCAUGGGUUCAUCACCAAGGAAGUGACGUGUGUCCUAUUCCCGGCACCACCAAGAUUGCAAACUUGGAUCAGAACAUUGGAGCUUUGUCAGUAAAACUGACACCGGAAGAAAUGGCUGAACUUGAAUCCAUUGCAUCAGCUGAUGCAGUUAAGGGAGAUAGGUAUGGGGAGGGUCUGACUACUUGGAAGAAUUCAGACACCCCACCCUUGUCCUCAUGGACAUCUUAAGAAAUACAUCUUUCACUUGUGUUGGUUGUUCCUUUGGAGUUGUAAAAGAACUUGGUUUUGUGAUCCUCUGUUUUUGGAGUGUGUGUAAUCUGUAUUUGGUUUUUAUGUGAGACCAUGUUAAGGGUGA